AUCCGAAUUGCGGUAAUGGCAUAAAUGAUCCAUGUAAAAUAGCAAAUGCAACUUUAGCUCUAUGUGACGGUCAACUACCACCAAUACCUCCUGAAGCAUUGAGUGGUGCUGAACCAUUCAAUUACGAUUUUGAAGUUGAAUGUCCAGGAGUUACUAUUACUGUAGAUACUUUUGAAACAUUUGCGAAGACUUGUUUCAAUGAAGGCUAUUAUGUUAAUAAUCUAUCACCUUCUCCCAAAAAAGAUUGUAAUACUCCUAAUGAUCCUUGUAAAGCUGUCAAUGAAACAUUGACAAAUUGUGGCGGUAUUUUUAGUUCACCCCUAAAUCUACAAAUUCUGGAAGUUAUAGUCCUGAUGUUGACACCUUGCAUAUGUAAUGAUAAAUUUUAUGAACAACUCAAAAACUGUACGAUGUGUUUUACUAUUCUAACGAAUAGCAUCACUGUUGUAUCGCUUGAUAAAUUUAAAGAAGAAUGUAACAAAUUAGGCGUUACUUAUGGUGCACCUCUGCCAAAUGGUAGAUCAUCAUUAAUGCCUUCAAUUAUUAUGUUACAAAACUUAUGA